GUAUAGCGAGGAAGACCUGUUGGCAAUUCUGGUGCAAGCGAGGGUUCAGGCUCAGGUUCAGGAGUCGGUCCACUUGAUGACCAGACGGGGGAGUUCAUCUCAUCAGAGAUUAUGUGCAGUAUCCUUGAGCAGACUCCUGUGAUCUUUGGCACGGUCAAGGAGGGUAUUCUAGAGAUUCUUAUGAGAGAUUGAGCACCUUUCACGCUGAGAUUAUGGCUUUGGUCGGGACACGUUCUUUGACUUUCAGGGAGUUUUGGGCAUAUGAAGCUCCAGAUUAUCAUGGGGCCAGGGACCCCAUUGGGAGUAGCAAGUGGUUGGCAGAUGUUGCUAACACCUUCCAUACCAGCCAUUGUGCCAAGGGGGACAAGGUCAUACUAGCUUCCUAUCUUAUGAAGGAUAGGGCACGUGAUUGGUGGGAGGAGGUAGGGCGUGCUAUCGGGGAUGAUGUUGCUAUUGAUUCGAUGACCUGGAGUGAUUUCUCGACCAGGUUUUGAGCUAAGUUUGCACCAGUGAUUGAGGUGCAGCAGCUGGUGCGAGAGUUUAAGGAUCUCCGUCAGACUACUGAGACGGUGGCUGAGAUUACUGCGAUGUUCAGGGAGAGGGCACUUCUGGUUCCGCAGUAUGUGGCGGACAAGGAGAUGAAGAAGACCCGGUACCACAAGAUACUGAGGAGUGACAUUAGGCAGUUUGUUAGCUGAUCCAGCUGCAAGAAGAUGGAAAACAUGAUAAUGAGGGCUAGGGAGAAGGAGAUGGACUUGGAGAUGGAGAAGAAGAGGAAGCCAGAUUCUGUGUCGAGUGUUAAGGGUUCGAGCAAGAGGCCAAAAGUAUCUGAUUCUAGACAGAGAGGCCAGCAUGGCCGUAGCCGCAAUGACAAGUUCGGCAAGAUGCACGAGGGGGCAUGCAGAGUGGGUUGUUCUGGCUGCUUCAAGUGCGGUCGAACUGGUCAUAUCAAGAUGGAUUGUACUGCUGCCACCCCCUCUACUCUGAUAUCUUAUCUGAUUUGCUAUCAGUGCAAUCAUAGGGGCCACAAGAAGGCCCAAUGUCCGAGUUUGGUUGCAGUAGGACCGGUGUCAGCACCCGCCCCUGCGACUUUGAGGAUUACUGACGGCAGUCUGGGCCAAGCAGAUGCGUCAGUAAUGAAGAGCAUGGCUUUCCAGCUGACGGUGGAGGAGGCGCGUGCAACUCCCGAUGUUGCGACGGGUACUUCCAAGGGAAGAGCUCGAGUUGACUGCAUCGCACACACCAGUGGAGUUCCGCAUUUGAAAUUCACUCUAAUUUUGAUAACACUUGUAACAUUGGUUUUGCUAUAUUGAAUGAUUGAUAUUUGAAAAAUACUAUUUUAUUUAUUAUAAGAAAAUGAAAAUUUGGGACCA